CAUGGUGACGGGCACCUCUGUGCUGGGAGUGAAGUUUGACGGGGGAGUGAUCAUUGCUGCAGACAUGCUGGGCUCCUAUGGCUCCCUCGCCCGCUUCCGCAACAUUUCCAGGCUCCUGAAGGUGAAUGACAACACCAUGCUGGGGGCAUCUGGGGACUAUGCUGACUUCCAAUACCUCAAGCAGAUCAUUGACCAGAUGGUAAUCGAUGAGGAGCUGUUGGGAGAUGGUCACAGUUACAGUCCAAAAGCCAUUCACUCCUGGCUGACAAGAGUCAUGUACAACCGGAGGUCCAAGAUAAAUCCGCUCUGGAACACUGUUGUCAUUGGAGGCUAUUACAAUGGUGAGAGUUUCCUAGGUUAUGUUGACAUGCUUGGUGUGGCCUAUGAAGCCCCUACGCUUGCUACAGGUUAUGGAGCAUACCUAGCUCAGCCACUGAUGAGAGAAGUCUUGGAGAAGAAACCCAGCCUUACAAAGGAGGAGGCCCGUGACCUGAUUGAGCGGUGCAUGAAAAUCUUGUAUUACAGAGAUGCCCGCUCAUUUAACAGAUAUGAAGUUGCUAUUGCCACGAAACAAGGAGUGGAAGUGGAAGGACCUCUGACCCUGGAAGCCAACUGGGACAUAGCACACCUUGUCAGUGGCUUUGAAUGAUCUCCGAAGAGCUGCUCCAGGCUGUUGUGUUCAUGUUAUCACCCUUUAUAUAUGCUGUAACUCAGUUACUCCUUUUGAAGCGCUGAUUUGUUAUGGGAAUUAAAUAAACCUGUUAAGACAAGUG